CUUUUUCUGCAGCCAAGGGCUGUGUGGUUGGAUGCUGGUGUAACCAGGAGCGAGGUCACUCAGACCCGGUCCAGGCCUGGCCUGCCCUUGCUUGCCCACUGUCUCCCUGUGUGUGCAGCCUGAGUACUUCUGUGGGCUCCUCUCCCCUGAGUGAAACCCCUGUUCCUGUCCCUCAGAGCUACCCUCUUCCCUGCUGCUGGGUCAAUCCCACAUGGGCAGCCUCCAUGGGGCUGGAUAGGAAGCAAACUUCCUUUAUCAUCCUGCCUAGUGACAGCCACCAGCUUCUCUCACUGGGGCAUGUAGCUGCCCUGCCCUCAGGUGGGAGCCCGCCCGAGAAGUUUUUGAUGCUCUGGGCUUGCCUGGCCCCCUGUGGAGGCAGCGCUAAGACCUGCUAAGACCUGGACAGCCCUUGAGAACGUGAAGCUCAGUGAGAGAAGUAGACACAGAAGGAUACACAGUGUGAGAUUCCAUUUAUGUGAAACGUCCAGAACAGGCACAUCUACAGACAGAGAUGGAUUAGAGGCUGUCAGGGGCUGGGGAGGAGGUGGAGGCAAGUGCUGAUGGGAGUGAGGUUUCUUUUGGGGGUGAUGGAAUGUUCUGAAAUUAGAGGUGAUGGUUGUACAAUUCUGGGAAUGUACUAAAGACCGCUAAAUUGUACACUUUAAAUGAGUGAAGUGUGUGGCCUGUGAAUCACUUCUCCAUAGAACAAAGAAGUAUUUAAGAAAAAGAGAAAGCAGGACUUGGCCUCUGCUCACAGGUACCCAUGUGCUGCGGCCUGGGGGGGGCUAUCUUUCUCCUCUCAGUCCCAUGAGGGGGGACAAGGUGCCGUCUCCCCACUUUAUGCAGGGUCAAAGAGUCUCCCUUGGCAGCCCCCAGGCCCUGGCUCUGCCCUGACUGCAGGAAGUGGGGCUGAGGGGAGUCACCCAGUAAGUCAGCUCUGCGCUCCCCCUGUGCUGCCUGGGAGCCUCCAGGGCACAGCUAGCAGAGACACUACCCAGGGGAAGGCUUUGAAUUUGGCCCCUAUUAUGUCCCCCAGUGCCCCCCUGGGUUCUCACAGCUGGGCAUCUGCCCCACCCUCCUGGGUUCCCAGGGCAACUGCGCUAACUGCACUGUCCAGUCCGGGGCAGGUGCCUCCAUCCAAUUGGUCUCCAUCCCCAUUGGAGCACAUCCCCAAGUGAAACCGAAAGAGGCCUCUCUGGCAGUCCUUCCAGGCUCGCAGCUGGUGCAGAGAGUGGUGCCACAUUCCGGAAGACAGGCGUCUGGCAUUUCCCGGGAGUCAGUUUCAGAGUCGCAGCACUGGGGUCAAAGGCUGACACAGGAAGCAGCAGUGGGAUGGAGGAGGGAGGGAGCGGUCUGACUGUGGACCCGCAGUAAGCAUUUAUGCCCUGACUCACUGCUGGGAUGGGGCAAAAGUUCCCCUCAGAGAUGGCCCAGAGGUGCCAGGCGUGGGUGUCCCACAGCACGUGAGGUCAUGAUGCCGCCGCCUCGGAGCAAGAAGCCCAGAUAGAUGCCCCUGCGGCCCGGGUUGUGGAGCCCCCCAAUGCUGGUAGUGGGGCCCACCAUGGAUGGGGAGUUCCCUCCACACGAGCCCCCGCCAGCUGGCAGUGUCCUGUACAGCCCGCCGCCCCUGCAGACCCCGCUGUGCGGGUCCGGCGUCCAGAACGCCAUGCUGCACUACUCCUGGUGGAACACCUUCUCGCCCUCACCAUACCCAGCCUUCUCCAGUGAAAGCCACCAGUUCAUGAACUCGUCCUCCUUCAUUGCGGACCAGCCCUGUGCAGACACCAGCUAUGGCCCCUCAGCCACCACCCCCAGCUUCCCACCAAAGAGCAAUGAUUUUCCUCAGGACCCUUCGUACCUCGACGACCUCUCCAAUGCCUCCAUCUUCUCCUCGUCUGUGGACUCCCUCUCGGACAUCGCAGACACGCCCGACUUCCUGCCUGCUGACAGCCUCAGCCAGGUGCCCACCAUCUGGGAUGUGAGCACCGGCCCCUCCGCCCACGACAAGCUGUUCCUGCCCAGUGGGCCAUUUACAGGCCUUGAGGACCCCGUAUCCUCCCUACCCAGCACCCCGCUUCUCGUCAGCUACCAGUCUCAGAGUCAGCCCGAGGAGGAGGAAGAGGCUGAGGAGGAUGAGGCAGAGGAACUGGGCCACGCGGAGACCUAUGCAGACUACGUGCCUUCCAAGUCCAAGAUUGGGAAGCAGCACCCGGACCGUGUAGUGGAGACCAGCACGCUGUCCAGUGUCCCGCCGCCAGAUAUCACUUACACCCUAGCUCUGCCCACCUCGGACAGCGGGGCUCUUUCUGCCCUGCAGCUGGAGGCCAUCACCUACGCCUGCCAGCAACACGAGGUCCUUCUCCCAGGCGGGCAGCGCGCGGGGUUCCUAAUCGGGGAUGGCGCGGGCGUGGGCAAGGGCCGCACUGUGGCUGGCAUCAUCCUGGAGAACUACCUUCGGGGCAGGAAGAAGGCCUUGUGGUUCAGCGUCUCUAAUGAUCUCAAGUAUGACGCGGAGCGAGACCUAAGGGACAUCGCUGCCUCUGGCAUCGCGGUGCAUGCGCUGAGCAAGAUCAAGUAUGGCGACAACACUACCUCAGAGGGCGUCCUCUUCGCCACCUACUCCGCCCUGAUCGGGGAGAGCCAAGCUGGCGGGCAGCACCGUACGCGCAUCCGGCAGAUACUGGAGUGGUGCGGGGAGGCCUUCGAUGGCGUGAUCGUGUUUGACGAGUGCCACAAAGCCAAGAAUGCCAGCUCAACCAAGAUGGGCAAGGCCGUGCUGGACCUGCAGAACAAGCUGCCCCUGGCCAGGGUUGUCUACGCCAGCGCCACAGGUGCCUCUGAGCCCCGGAACAUGAUCUACAUGAGCCGCCUGGGCAUCUGGGGCGAGGGCACGCCCUUCAGGACUUUCGAGGAGUUUUUGCAUGCCAUCGAGAAGAGGGGCGUGGGUGCCAUGGAGAUCGUGGCCAUGGACAUGAAGGUCAGCGGCAUGUACAUUGCACGCCAGCUCAGCUUCUCCGGUGUCACGUUCCGCAUUGAGGAGAUCCCACUGGCCCCGGCCUUUGAGCGCAUCUAUAAUCGGGCAGCCCUGCUGUGGGCCGAGGCCCUGGGCGUGUUCCAGCAGGCAGCCGACUGGAUUGGCCUGGAGUCCCGCAAGUCCCUGUGGGGUCAGUUCUGGUCGGCCCACCAGCGCUUCUUCAAGUACCUUUGUGUGGCCGCCAAGGUGCACCGGCUGGUGGAGCUGGCCCGGGAGGAGCUAGCCCGGGACAAGUGCGUGGUCAUUGGGCUGCAGUCCACGGGUGAGGCGCGAACCCGGGAGGUCCUUGGCGAGAAGGAGGGACACCUCGAUGGCUUCGUGUCUGCUGCUGAAGGCGUCUUUCUGUCACUAAUUCUGAAGCACUUUCCUUCAACCAAGAGAAAGCGAGAGAGAGGAGCAGGCAGUAAGAGAAAACGGCGGCCACGAGGUCGUGGAGCCAAGGCACCCAGGCUGGCAUGCGAGGUGGCAGGUGUGAUCCGUAUCAGUGAUGACAGCAGCACGGAGUCUGACGGUGGCCUGGAUAGUGACUUCCACUCCUCCCCCGAGUCCCUGUUGGAUGAUGACGUGGUCAUCGUGGAUGCCAUCGGGCUCCCAGCUGAUGACCGCGGCCCCCUGUGCCCCCCACAGCGGGACCUGCACGGCCCUGGCAUCCUGGAGCGGGUCGAGCGGCUGAAGCAGGACCUGCUGGCCAAGGUGAGGGCGUUGGGCCGGGAGCUGCCGGUCAAUACCCUGGAUGAGCUUAUCGACCAGCUGGGAGGCCCAGAGCAGGUGGCCGAGAUGACCGGCAGGAAGGGCCGCGUGGUGUCCAGGCCUGAUGGGACUGUGGCUUUUGAGUCCCGGGCAGAGCAGGGCCUCUCCAUCGACCACGUGAACCUCAGAGAGAAGGAGCGCUUCAUGAAUGGCGAGAAGCUCGUGGCCAUCAUCUCAGAGGCCUCCAGCUCCGGUGUUUCCCUCCAAGCCGACCGCCGGGUCCAGAACCAGCGGCGCCGAGUCCACAUGACACUGGAGCUUCCCUGGAGUGCUGACCGGGCCAUCCAGCAGUUUGGCCGGACCCACCGGUCCAACCAGGUCUCCGCACCGGAGUACAUCUUCCUCAUCUCGGAGCUUGCUGGGGAGCGAAGGUUUGCCUCCAUUGUGGCCAAGCGGCUGGAGAGCCUGGGGGCUCUCACCCACGGAGACCGCCGUGCCACCGAGUCCCGUGACCUGAGCAAGUACAACUUUGAGAACAAGUAUGGUGCCCGGGCCCUCAGCUGCGUCCUCACCACCAUCCUAAGCCAGACGGAGAGCAAAGUGCCGCUGCCCCAGGGCUACCCUGGAGGGGACGCUGCCUUCUUCUGUGACAUGAAGCAAGGGCUGCUGUCGGUUGGGAUCGGCGGGCGCGAGUCCAGGUCUGGCUGCCUGGAUGUGGAGAAGGACUGCUCCAUCAGCAAGUUCCUGAACCGCAUCCUGGGGCUGGAGGUGCACAAGCAGAACGCCCUUUUCCAAUACUUUUCUGACACCUUUGACCACCUCAUCGCUGCUGACAAGAAGGAGGGCAAAUAUGACAUGGGUAUCCUGGACCUGGCCCCUGGCAUUGAUGAGAUCUACGAGGAGAGCCAGCAGGUGUUCCUGGCCCCAGGGCACCCGCAGGACGGGCAGGUGGUCUUCUACAAGAUCAGCGUGGACCGCGGCCUGAAGUGGGAGGAGGCCUACGCCAAGUCACUGGAGCUGACAGGUCCCCAUGAUGGCUUCUACCUCUCCUACAAGGUCCGAGGCAACAAGCCCAGCUGCCUGCUGGCCCAGCAGAACCGAGGCAAGCUCUUCACUGUGUACAAACCCAACAUCGGGCGGCAGAGCCAGCUGGAGACCUUCGACAGCCUGUGCCGGAAGUUCCACCGGGUGACGUCAGAGGAGGCCAGGGAGCCCUGGGAGAGCAGCUAUAGCUUCUCGCUGACUCACUGCAGCCACACCACGUGGAACCGGCACUGCCGGCUGGUGCAGGAAGGCAAGGACUGCACGCAGGGCCUGCGGCUGCGGCACCACUACAUGCUAUGCGGUGCGCUGCUGCGUGUGUGGGGCCGCAUCGCAGCUGUCAUGGCUGACGUCACCAGCAGCAGCUACCUGCAGAUCGUGCGCCUCAAGACCAAGGACAAGAAGAAGCAAGUUGGCAUCAAGAUCCCCGAGGGCUGCGUGCGCCGCGUGCUGCAGGAGCUGCAGCUCAUGGACACCGACGUGAAGCGCAAACAUGCACGUGGCCGGGCUCUCCCUGCACUGCCGCCCACCCCACGCCCGCUCGAGGUCCUGGACCUCACGUACAGCCCGCCUGCCCAGGCCUUCCCUCCACCCUCCCCCUUUGCCUUCCCGCCCCCCGCCCCUGGCCCCUGCGGCCUGCUGCUGGGCGCCCCAGACGCCCCCGAUGCCCCGGCUGACCCCGCGGCCCUCCUGCACCAGGGCUGCGACAUCAACUUCAAGGAGGUGCUGGAGGAUAUGCUGCGCUCCCUCAAUACCGUGCCACCCCAGGCCCCCGGCCCACUGGGUGCAGGUGGGGGGGCGGCAGGGGCCCCAGGGGGUGGUGGGGGCCCUGAGAGGCAGAGUGUGAUCCAGUUCAGCCCCCCCUUCCCUAAUUCCUAGGCCUGGGUAUUCUUCUCAGACAAAACUUAUUUAUCUGUAAUGUGCGCCAUGUCUCCACCAGGGAAGCAGGUGGUGGGCGGGGUCAGGCCCCCCUGACUACUGAGGAAGGAGGGGCCAGGGGCCCUGGGCCAGCCUCCGGAGGUCUCCACUGUAGUGCCUUCCCGCUGGUGCCUGCAGACCCCCAAGAUGCUGCCUGCCCAAUGGGGUCUCGGAGGCCCUGCCUGGUGGGCAGUGGCUGAUUGCAGGCCCCACUCAGGAGACUAGGGGGGAGGGGGCAGGCAGGGCCUGGGAGUGGGGCCCUCCUUCUCUGUGCCUCUGUCCUCUACUGCCCGCUCCAGGCCUGGGUCGGGGCUCCCACCCCACCCACCUUACAAGGCCUAGUCAGGCCAGAACCCCUGAAAUCUACAAUACUGGGUGGCCCCAAGAGCUGGAAACUCAGGAAUCCCCAGGUGCUCAGGGCCCCGCCAUCUCUGGGGGGGGGUCCAUGGGGCAGAUCUCCCCAUUAAUAUAUGCAAUUCCCCCUUCUUGCUGUUCCCUAAAUUAUUGCCCAGCCACCUCUCCCAGGUCCUAGAAUCUCCUGUGGAGCUGGUGGGUGGUCCCUUGGUUUCUAUGUGUAUUUAUAAUGAACUCAAGUGUACAUAUGUAAAGAGAUCUUUUUUAAAUAUAUGUGCCUUUUCACUA